UCAUGCUGCUGCCAGGUCCAGAGUCUCUCAUGGGUCCCUGUACGGCCUCCCAUUGCUGCUGUCUCCAUCGCCACACUCUGCCAUGUGCCACUUUCAGGUCUCCUCACACUGCUGGUGUGUUCAAUUUUUUGUCAUAGGGUGCUGGCAGAUUACGGGCCUCACAUUGCUGCGGCCAGGCCCCUAAUCUGCCAUGGGCCCCUGUACCGCCUCCUCACGCUGCUGCCAGGUCCACAGUGUGUCAUGGGUCCCUGUACGGCCUCCCAUUGCUGCUGUCUCCAACGCCACACUCUGCCAUGUGCCACUUUCAGGUCUCCUCACACUGCUGGUGGGUUCCAAUUUUUUGUC